GGUUCCAAGUUAAACACUAAAACAUCUUCGUGCUCAAACAGGGAAAACGGGAAACUGCAGCAAGAAUAAAGCAACGCGAGCGCGAGGAAACCGGAGAGGAGGGGCGCGCGUUUCCUCUCCGCAGCAAGAAUCCAUUGAGAGAGAGAGGGAGAGAGAGAGAGAGAGAGAGCGAGAGAGGGAGAAGAAAGGAAAAGCAGCAGCUCCACGCCACUCCUUUGUUUUAGGAAAUCGCUUGAAUAUCGCUCGAAGGACUGGAAUGAUGCAUCGCGUUUCUCUCGCGUUUUCCCGCGACGCCUGUUUUUAAAGGCGAACUUCAUGCUUUUGCGUUUAAUUUAAGUGGCAUCGACAGAAGAGCGUUGAAGAUCUGAAACCUUCAGACUCAUUAAGCGUUUCCUCCGCGUUGACCGUCCAUGUGUGUUAGACUCGUUUUUUGCACCGUUUUCAGUUUCUCACCAGAGGAUAUUCUACGCGUUCUGAAGCUCGGAGGUGUUUCUGCUCGUGGUUCGAGUCUGUUAUUCGCGUCCAGGCCCGAAAUACUCGCUCCUCUUCAAAGGCCUUUAAUGCGGCACGCGCGCGUCAGUCUGUAACGGGUUUUAACGCGUCAGAUGAGCGUCAGUUCUGAUCCGUAAAGCGCCGCUGAUCCUCUGCCAGAACAUCUCGUUCUUCGUUACUCUUCAUACGCAACAUCUGCGGCCCUCUUCAAUGUUAAUGUCGACCGACGUCGCAUCUGUAAUGCUGCCCGUGAGCCGCGGGAUCCUGGAGCGCGAGCGGGACCUGGACUCGGGUUCUGCGGGGGUUCGGGGGAUGAAGCGCGGGGACCCGGAGCCCGAGGGCAUCGCGGCGGCGGGGGAUUCGGUCGGGGCUGAGUGCAAACGACCGCGGAUGGACGGAACCGGAGAGCUCGGACAGGGUUCACAGGACUCGAUGGGAGCUCAGGAGGGUGUCGUCGCCCCGUUCUCCUCGUUCCCGCCCCCUCCACCUCCUCCCCCUCAGAACGGCCUGGCGCUCGAGUUCGGGGGCGGCUCAAUUUACCCCGCGGGGGGUCCGAGCGAGGCCCCGGCAGGAGUUAUCAGCAACACCCCCAUCUCUAACCCCAGCACUCAACUGUCAGACGGCUCUCCUCAGGCAGACGGGCAGUGUGUGUCCGCCGGCGGUUCGGGCAGCGAGGACUCGGAGGCCAAAGGGACGCCCAAACGCCUCCACGUGUCCAACAUCCCCUUCCGCUUCAGGGACCCGGACCUGCGGCAGAUGUUCGGGCAAUUUGGAAAGAUUCUGGACGUGGAGAUCAUUUUCAAUGAGAGAGGCUCAAAGGGGUUUGGGUUUGUGACGUUUGAGACGAGUGCGGACGCAGAGAAGGCGCGCGAGCGUCUCCACGGGACCAUUGUGGAGGGACGGAAGAUCGAGGUCAAUAACGCUACAGCUCGAGUGAUGACCAAUAAGAAGUUGGUUAGCCCGUAUGCUAACGGCGAGGGUCUCAGUACACUGCCCUACGCCGGGUGGAAACUGAGUCCCAUGAUGGGCGCCAUGUACGGACCGGAGCUCUACGCAGUUCCAGGGUUCCCGUAUCCCACAGCCGCCUCCGCAGCCGCCGCCUCAGCCGCCGCCACCUUCAGAGGAGCCCAUCACCUGCGGGGCCGGGGCCGACCGGUGUACGGGGCCGUGCGAGCCGCUGUUCCCCAGCCCACCAUACAGGCCUACCCUGGAAUAGUGUUUCAGGACACUCUGGUUAGUAGCAGAAUGCCUCAGAGCGGCUACACCGCGUAUCGCUACACCCAGCCGACGGCCGUAGCGAGUCCAACGGCGGCGGCGGCGGCAGCGGCGGCCGCUUACAGCGACAGCUACGGGCGCGUGUAUGCGGCGGAUCCGUACGCGGCAGCACUAGCGACCCCCGCGGCGGCGGCGGCAGCGGCGUAUGGAGUCGGGGCGAUGGCCACGCUCUACAGAGGAGGAUACAGCCGGUUCUCGCCAUACUAACACCUUCACACACUUCCAGAUGUGCGGUCCCUGAUCCUUACACCGCUGCUGACCUCGGAGGGGAAAUCCUAAUCACACUUUUGGACAAAAAAAAAACAACAACAACAAAAAAAACCAUGCAUAACGCGGCGUCUGUUACGAACUCUGAAAAAGGAAUGCAACUCUAAAUCAGUUCGAAGAAGGUGGAUUUUUUUUUUUUUUUUUUUUUUUUUUUUUUUAAGGAAACCUGACAUCAUGAACACUAAAUCGUAACAGAUCUCUGACUGAAACUGCUCGACUGAGAAGCUCAAAUCAUUUCUUCCUUCGGCUCGUCUCUCUGCACAUAUGCAUGCAGUAACGGCUCUAGACUGCCUCUAGUGGCCAUUGAACUACAUGUGCUCAGAGCGCAGGACCAGUGAACACGUCACGUCACCCUCACUGUUCCACACUACAAUAAUGAUCAAUAUUCUUUAAGAAACAUAGACUCGUUCAUCCGGACCGCUCUCGUCUCGGUUUGAAGUGCGUGGAUCCCAUCCGCUCUGUACGGGAGGACGAUGAUGCUAUUAUCCCAAAUACAGCGACGUGACGAGAGACUACAUCAUGCUUUUCCUUUCUCUGGAGAGAUGUCGUGACGCGCCGGGACUGUCCUGAUAAAAUCCGUCUUGCUGAAAGCUUUGUGUUCUUUAAACAGUACCUCCGUUCAGACCAUUUUCAAGAGGCGUACCUUUAAAAUUAAAUAGUCAUUAUAUGCAAGUAAACUAGAAUAGACACAAAAUUUUACCAAACAUUAUUAUUAUUAUUAUUGUUAUUAUUAAUUAUUAUCGUCAUUAGUUUCUCAUGGUUGUGUGUUGGCUUUGAUGAAGGGCAGGACCACAUUAAUACACAAACACCGGCAUAAUGACUAUAGCAAGUAUUUAAAUUAUGCUAUGAAAUACCUUUUGUUUUGUUUUUUCAGAUUUUGGGAUUGAAAAAAAGCCCCUCUUGUGGAAUAUCGACAAGCUCUUUUAUUAGCAUAGUUUUGUAAAAUAUGCAAGUUUCAGCCCAACUUUCUGAGAAGCGGAUUAAAAAAAUGUCUUUUUAAAGGAAAACUACAUAGUAUUUUUUUUGUUUUGUUUUGCAGAGUUUGUCUCUUUCCCUUUAGUAUAUUGGUAUUUUGCUUUCUUUGAAUUUUGGUUCCAAAGAAGAGUCAAGCACAUUUUUGAUUUGUGUGUGUGUGUGUAAACAUGUUUGUAAUUCUAUUGUUUGGUUUCUUUUUUUUCUUUUUUAUCAAUAGGUUUUUGAUAUUGUUUGAAGUGGCUCGUUCAUGAUUUCCCAGUGGCUGGAGAAGGAACUGCGGUUUCUCUGUCUGUGAUUUCUUCUUUUGUUUUGCAGGACUGUAGACUUUAGGUGCAUGUAAUUGUAAUCGGGUCCAGGACUGAAAACUUUUCGCCAUUUUAAAGUUUCGGAGUUCAGCUGUCGUGUGUGUGUGCGCGUGCGUGUGUGUGUGUGGUUGAGUUUCAUUGACACUAAGAGAAUGAAAGACCACAGUCUGAACACUAAACCAGACAGCUUUCUUUAGUUUUUUUUAUGUUUAAAUGGUACUUGCAGUCUAUGCAUACACUUUACACAGUAUUAUAAGAGAUUGAAAUAUCUACAUUCUGAUCUUCUGGCUUUUAAAGAUGCUUUUGCAAACGACACGGCGGAUUUGCUAGUUUCUCUUUCUCUGUCCCUCGCACGCCGACGGCUCGGAGGUCUUCGACUGAAUUCUUGCAUGACGUUUGUCUUCUGGUGAUGGAGUGAGAAGUUUGAGAUCCCUCCAUUCGUAAAGGAUUAAAGAUGGCGUCUCUUUUAUUCUCCAUUCUCGCACCUUAUGAAUAUGAUCCCUGUUCCACAUACUCUCCUUUGGUUUACAGUGUAACCGUGUUUUUGAGUUGAACUAUUUCUCUCUCUCUCUACAUAUUCUGAUUCCAUUUGUGAUGUAAUUUGUAUCUGAAUGUCCAUAUAAACUGUUUUUUUAAACAAUCA